UUAGCUCCUAUGAGGGAGUGGCACUGCGGGGGGCUGCGUGCUUUGCUGCCGCCGCCGCCGGCGCCGCCGCUCGUGGGCUAUGACUCGUAGCUGCUCCGCUCUGGGCUGCAGCGCGCGGGACAACGGGCGGAGCCGGGAGCGGGGCAUCUCCUUCCACCAGUUUCCCAUUGAUGCCACACAGCGUAAUAAAUGGAUCCUUGCUGUUAAUCGAGCAGACCCUAAAAGCAAAAAGGUUUGGAUUCCAGGGCCUGGAGCCAUCUUGUGUUCCACACAUUUUGCAGAAACAGACUUUGAAUCAUAUGGCAUGAGAAGAAAAUUACGGAAAGGAGCUGUGCCUUCUCUUUUUCAAUACAAGGAAUCUCUGAGUACACGCCCUGGAAACAGAACAUCUGAGAAAGCAUUAAAGCAGCCACUGUUAACCCACGUCCUUGAUAAGGAGGCCAUUACCAAAGACCACAACUACAGUUUAAAGAGUGUGACAGCUGCUGAGCAACACACAGAGACGGAAGAAAUAUUACAGUCACCCACAAGAAAACUCCUUACAACAUGAAGGGGCCUCCCACACCAAAAAGGAAAUGUCAUCAAUGUCAUCAAUCAGCUGGCAGAGAAGCAGCUGCUUUCUGAAGAAGCUGCAAAUUUGCUGAAAGCCCAAUUUUCAGAUUUGCCAUGGGGAUUGCCUGGCUGGAGACAGAUGGCAGAAUACUCCGCAGCAAUGCGGCAGUUCGCCUGCACACUCCACAUCUACAGUAGUAAAGCCUACGAUUAUCUAAGAAAGAUUUUUCCCUUGCCUCAUCCUUCCAGUUUAACAAUUUGGUUGUCUAGUGAUGAUGCUAAUCCAGGCUUCAGCAAUAGCAUCUUUUCUCACCUGCAGCAAAAAGUAGAGAAGGGUGACCAGGCCUAUCAAUACUGUUCCCUGCUAGUAGAUGGUUUGGCUCUCAGGAAACAGUUGGAUUGGGACCCCAGGAUUCAACAUCUGACCGGGUUUAUGGAUCUGGGGGUAGGAAUACUAGAUGCUGAUGAAGCACCGCAGGCCUCUGAAGCUAUAGUCUUAAUGGCAGUAGGGGUUCUUGGUCGCUGGACAGCUCCUUUGGGUUAUUUCUUUGUAAAUGGAGCCACUGGCCAUAUGCUAGCUCAACUGCUGCAUCAGACUAUCAACAAGCUGAGCAAUAUCGGUAUUGUGGUUCUCUCUGUGACUUCUGCUGCCAGUGCUCAUGGCAUGGAGACAGCAAAGGCAUUGGGUGUGCGCAUGGAUGUUGACAAUAUGCAGUACACUUUUCAGCACCCUCACAGCUCCACUCAUCAGAUCGCCUACUUCUUUGACACUUGCCACCUGCUGCAGCUAAUAAGGAAUGCAUUUCAGUGCUUUCACAGGAUAGAGCACACCUGUGAAACAGCCCACUGGCAGCAUAUAGUGGACCUAGCGGCUUUGCAGGAGAAGAGAUUAUUACACACCAGCAGCAGCUGCUUGUUGGGCUCACUCACAAACAGGGAGAGCUGUUACUUGAAGGUGAACUAUGCUGCACAGCUGUUCAGUGAUGGUGUUGCGAGUGCACUGCAGUGGCUCCAGCUGUCUGGCCUGUCUUCUUUUCAGAACUGUAAAGGUACCAUCAGACUUGUGCGCUUGGUGAGCAGUCUCUCUGACAUUUUUCAUGUCAGAAGCCCUUAUGGGAAAGGAUUGAAAGGGCCUUUGUCACCCCAAAAUUAUGCCAAGAUCAGUUGCCUCUUAACUGAGGCCAAGAGCAUCUUCGUCACUUUAACUGAUGCUACAGGGAGAUGUGUUCUGAAAAGCAAACGGAAAUUAGGAUUUCUGGGCUUCCUGCUUAAUGCUGAAAGCUUAAAAUGGCUUUAUGUCAACUACAUAUUGCCAGAGAGCACAGCAUUCUGCUACCUCCUAACUCAUGCAUUCAGCCUAGACCACCUGGAACAGUUCCUUGGGACUCUCAAACAAGCAUGUGCAAGUAGCAAUAAUCCUACAUGCACCAUGUUCCAGGCUGCUUAUCGUCAGCUGCUGACCAGGGAUAGUUUGAUGCCAGGAUCCCAGGAGAAUAAUCUAGUAGGUGAUACAAGCACUUUAGAUGCUUCUCUCCUUCGCAGGAAAGACUUAACACUUCACAAAGCAUUUUCUCAAUUUACUCUGGGUGGGACAGAAAGUAUAUCAGUGGAUUACAUGUACUCUGCUGGCCUUGUUUCCUUGUACUUGCCACUGAGCAACAUGUUGAUAGAUUUGUCACUGUAUGAAGAAAGCAUCACUGGCACUGCUGGCUUUGUUGCUGAGAAGUUAGCUGCUCUUAAAAAAUGCGAAGCUUGCUUUGCUUCUCUCUUUGAGUUGGAUCAUGAAAUCCUAAACUGUGGUUCUCUGUUGUGCAUAAAAAAGAUGGGUGUCUUGAGUUUGCCUUCAGAGAGCACGUGUCAGAUUGUCAGUACUGCUGAGCAAGUCCUGAGGACAUAUGUGAGAAUGGAAGACUCUAGCUUAAACCCAAAACAAAGGGAUUUGUAUCUAGAACAGAAAAUUUUACAUGAGCUUUCAGGGCACACUCCCUUCUUCCCCAACUUAACUGAUCAUCUAUGGGAUGGGGAAUUGCAUGUUGUCAAUCACUACACAGUCCUGUUAAGGGAAAUAGUACAAUGUUAUUUACAUAUCAAAGCUGAACUUGCAAAAACAUGGGGUUUGGAAUACUGUUCUGGAAGGCAUGGAUUGAAGAGAUUGCCUAGGAGAGCUUUAUUUCCAUCCUCAUUAAAGACUUAUAAAUCUAUUCAAAUCUUACCUGUGCUGUAACGACUCAUUCAUUUGUUACAUGUUAACAGAUCUCCCCUUGAGUAAUGUUUAGAUAAGGUGCUCUAUCAGCUAUCAGAGAACUGAGAAGGUGCUUUCCAUUCAAUAUCUCAGUAGAAUUGUCUCUGGAUGGUUAAUAAAGGGAGUCCAGCAAGGACAGGCAAUCUUGUGUUAGAAAUGGAAAGCAGUUUGAUUUUUAUCCCAGGUUCCCACUUAAAGUACUGCAAAGCUACUGCAGAUUAUAGAAAAUGGCAGGCCUUGAUUUUGUUGGCAAUUGGAAAUGUACAGUGAGGUUCUUGGGUAGAGUUGUGGGGGAGGCAAUCUUAUAGAACAGCUAUUUGUGUUCUCAGCUCCUUACUCUGAUGAACGCUCAGUUCAUCUGAUCUUUAUCCAUCAGAAGUCACUGAUGGACUAGCAUAGUUGCUGAUAGCUUUAUGGUGAAUAUUGCAGAAUGGCUUAGCAAUUUAAUUUAAAAAAAUAUAAAAAUUUGCCAUAGAAACAUGGCUUUAUUUGUUCUUAUGGAUUAUAGACAUUUUUUGGCUGUGUGGGCUGGAGGUGGCACAGGGCUAGUCUGUGGGCUAGAUUGGGCCCUGCACCUAAGGAUCAGACUCUGCGCCACCCUGCUCCACUCCCCGCCACCUGGCCUGGCUCCCAGCACCGCAACUGUGCCCAGUACCAUUCUCCACUGCUCUACUUUGCUCUCUGCUGCUCCACUCAGCUCCCUGUUGUCCUGUGCUGCCCUGCUCAGCCCUGCAUGCUCAGUCUAGCUCACAGAGCCACACUGUUUAUCCAUGGGGCUCCUACUAAUCUGGAAAUUUGACAGCAGGGCAGCUGCAGUUAGUUGCCACCACUCCCCUCCACUGCCAGCUUCUUGGGCCCAGGGGGAUGACACUGUCCUGUGGUCAGGGGGGUUGAACAUCCCUGAUAUAAAUCACUCUAUGCUUGCCUCAGGCAGUGGUCAGUGAAUAAGUUCCCUUUAGUUGCUUUAAUAACACAGAUGAGAAGAGAUCUUGAUUUUAGGUACCUCAAUAGGAAUAAGAAACCUUUGUGGUGAGCAAUAAAACUAAAUGGGAGAGGACUGGGGGCAGAGAAGGUGUCAUGGAGCUAGACAUGGGUAGAGUAAGUGAGUGCUUUUACAUGUUUGUAAAUCUAUACCAUCCUAUACAGAAAGUGGGAAGUCACUUGGUUAAUAGUUAAGGGUGUGUUUGACCCUGCCAUGCAGAACUUGCAGUAUAAAGACAGGUACAGUAGAAAACCUACUGGAAAGUAAUACUUGAGGAAAUUUUUGCUUUAGAGUUCCCCCCAGCCCUAAAAAGUCCAUUGAAGGCAGUGCAGAUGGUUUGACAGCCAGGGUCAAGAUUUGCAGAUUUCAUGAAAGAUAUGAAGGAAAAGGUGAGCUAGAAGAUUGGUCUGCACAGAAAAGGGAGCAGGAGAUUAAAUGGAGGGAGUGUUGGACAGAGAAGGGACAUGAUAAGAUCAUAGGUGCACUAUCAGCUGACUCUGCAAGAUAGUGAAAUGCAAUUAAGUGCCUAAGGUAGAUUAGCUCAUUUGGAAGAAGCUAUGCACAGUAACUGGGACUUGAGAAAGCAGUGUAUAGGCUAUCAUAUGCAUGCAAUGCCAUAUAUAAAAGCCUCCUGCCCUGGAUGAGAAACUUCAGUUGGUUUACCUGUGUACUGAAAUAACCUUGGACAGUAAAUGUUAUCAAAUACACAAAAUAAUAAAAAGCACCUUACUUUU